AUGAGGAGGCUUCAGCCCCCCCACCUCCACUUGGACCACUGGACGUCGGCGCACCGCCCACUGGCCACUGCCAUUGCCGGACGCCGAUGGCCCUCCCCUGUGGCGGAGCGUCAUGCGCCGCCGGCGUGCCGCGACGGCUGUGCCUGCGCUGUGCCGCUGUGCGUAGAUAUGGAGAGAUUUUUUAAACGAACUCGUAGUUCCGGCUCUAGCUCCUCUAAUGAGCCGAAUGUUAUUGAACAAGUAGAAAAUCAAUCCCGUGUAGAAUUGAAUUUGGAUGAUAUUGUUAGUGAUCCGGGAUUACGAAAACCAAUUGAAGAAUUUGAUAUUACUAUUCGAGAUCAAGCUCGAAGAGAGUAUGCGCUCCGAGGGCCUUGUCAACCAAAUGGUCAUGUGUAUCCGAAAACAACUUUUGAAAAUGUAGAUAAUGCCUUUAUAAAAGAUGGAUACAACAAUUGGAAAAGGGCAUUAGAAAGAUUCAAUCGUCAUAUGGGGACUGUGAAUAGUUGUCACAAUGAAGCUAGAAUACAAUUUGAGGCUUUUCAAGAUCAAAGGCAUAGUGUGGGGAAUAUUUUACGAGUACAUAGUCGCGAUAUGGAAAUUGAUUAUCGGACUCGUUUAACAGCAAUGCUGGAUGUGACACGCUUUCUAUUGAAGCAAGGGUUGCCCUUUCGUGGACACGAUGAGUCAACUAGUUCUUCAAAUAGAGAGAUUACACUUGCUAUAAUCAAUGAUAUUGGAGAUAAAUUCUUUUCUUUGAUGGUUGAUGAGGCUAGGGACAGUUCAGUGAAGGAGCAUAUGGGAGUUGUUUUGAGGUAUGUGAAUAAAAAAGGAUGUGUGAUUGAACGAUUUCUUGCAGUUGUGCAUGUGCCUGACACCAGUUCUCAUUCUUUGAAAAUGGCUAUUGAUGCUUUAUUUGUGCAACAUGGUUUAUCAUUAUCUAGAUUGAGAGGCCAAGGAUAUGAUGGAGCUUCAAAUAUGCGUGGUGAGUUCAAUGGAUUGAAAUCUCUGAUACUACAAGAAAAUCCAUUUGCAAUGUAUGUUCACUGUUUCUCUCACCAGCUCCAAUUAGUUCUUGUUGUUGUUGCCCAUGACAAUUUUACUGUGAGUGAAUUUUUUGGGUAUAUCACUAUGAUUGUGAAUAUAUCUGGAGCAUCUUGUAAGAGGAGAGAUCAACUUAGAAAGAUUCAACAUGAUAAAAUAAUUGCUGAAUUGGAAAGUGGAGAAAUUACUAGUGGAAAAGGAAAAAAUCAAGAAACUAGUUUAGCAAGACCUGGAGAUACUCGUUGGGGAUCACACUACUUAACAUUACUUCGUUUAUGCUCUAUGUGGUCCUCAGUGAUAGAAGUGUUAGGAAAUGUAUAUGAUGACGCCUCUUAUUCUGCAAAUAAAGGUGUUGCCGCAGGUUUAAUUGAGAAGAUGGAGAGUUAUCAAUUUGUUUUUGUGUUACAUUUGAUGAAGUAUAUAUUGGGAAUUACAAAUGAGUUAUCACUUUCCUUACAACAAGGGGAUCAAAAUAUUGUUCAAGCCAUGUCCUUGGUUAGAAGUGUGAAAUGUCGACUACAAGACUUCAGGGAAGAUGGAUGGCAGAUAAUUUUGGAACAAGUUAACACAUUUUGUGAAUUGAAUAUGAUUCCAAUACUUGAUAUGGAGGACAACAUGCUAACUCGUGGUCAUGGUAGGCGUAGAGGGCAGCUCAUCACCAAUUUUCAUCAUUAUCGUGUGGAGAUUUUUUGUCAGGUUGUUGAUUUAAUUAUACAAGAGAUGAAUAAUCGUUUUACAGAAGUUAGUACAGAAUUGCUUGGUUGCAUAUCAUGUCUUCAUCCAAGAAAUUCUUUCUCUCAAUUUGAUGUUCACAAACUCAUCCAUCUUGCUGAUUUUUAUCCUGAGGACUUCUGUGGUACUGAUUAUUUAUUUUUGGAACAACAACUUAUGAGUUACUUUUAUAAUCUGCGGGAUGAUCCUUACUUUUCUUCAAUUGAUGACUUGGGAAUUCUUGCUCAGAAAUUGGUUGAGACUGAAAAACAUUUGGUGUUCCCAUUGGUUUAUCGUAUGAUAGAGUUGGCAUUAGUUUUACCAGUUGCAACUGCUUCGGUUGAACGAGUAUUUUCUGCAAUGAAGACUGUGAAGACUGAUUUACGCAAUAGAAUGGGAGAUGAAUGGAUGAAUGACAGUCUAGUUGUAUACAUUGAAAAGGAUAUUUUUUCUACAAUUGAAAAUGAGCAAAUAUUACAACAUUUUCAACAAAUGCAGUCUCGUAGAAUCCAAUUGCCUCCUCUUGUACCGACUCGUCAGUCGUCGCAGACUUCUGUUAUGGAGAAUCGGUCUAGUAUUAAGUGGGACAAGGGAAAGGCUCUCGAGUUCUAG